AAAAGCGAGAACGCGGCUGCGGUGACGGCAGUAAACGGACGGACGAAGAGCUACGUUGAUACUUUCACGGAGGGCAUCUCGAAGCGGAAGCAAGAAAACAUUUUUGUGUUUCUCGGGAUAGUUCAGCUGAAAUUGUAUAAACAUGCAGAUCUUUGUGAAGACCCUCACUGGCAAGACCAUCACCCUAGAGGUCGAGCCAAGUGACACCAUUGAAAAUGUUAAGGCCAAGAUCCAGGACAAAGAAGGCAUUCCCCCUGACCAGCAGAGGCUGAUCUUUGCUGGCAAGCAGCUGGAAGAUGGCCGCACCCUCUCCGACUACAACAUCCAGAAAGAAUCCACCCUCCAUCUUGUCCUGCGUCUGAGGGGAGGAAUGCAGAUCUUUGUCAAAACCCUCACUGGCAAGACCAUCACUCUGGAGGUUGAGCCAAGUGACACCAUUGAGAAUGUCAAGGCCAAGAUCCAGGACAAAGAAGGCAUUCCCCCUGACCAGCAGAGGCUGAUCUUUGCUGGCAAGCAGCUGGAAGAUGGCCGCACCCUCUCCGACUACAACAUCCAGAAAGAAUCCACCCUCCAUCUUGUCCUGCGUCUGAGGGGAGGCAUGCAGAUCUUUGUCAAAACCCUCACUGGCAAGACCAUCACCCUGGAGGUUGAGCCGAGUGACACCAUUGAGAAUGUCAAGGCCAAGAUCCAGGACAAAGAAGGCAUUCCCCCUGACCAGCAGAGGCUGAUCUUUGCUGGUAAGCAGCUGGAAGAUGGUCGCACCCUCUCAGACUAUAACAUCCAGAAAGAAUCCACCCUCCAUCUUGUCCUGCGCCUGAGGGGAGGCAUGCAGAUCUUCGUCAAAACUCUCACUGGCAAGACCAUCACCCUGGAAGUUGAGCCAAGUGACACCAUUGAGAAUGUCAAGGCCAAGAUCCAGGACAAAGAAGGCAUUCCCCCUGACCAGCAGAGGCUGAUCUUUGCUGGCAAGCAGCUGGAAGAUGGCCGCACCCUCUCAGACUACAACAUCCAGAAAGAAUCCACCCUCCAUCUUGUCCUGCGCCUAAGGGGAGGCAUGCAGAUCUUCGUCAAAACUCUCACUGGCAAGACCAUCACCCUGGAAGUUGAGCCAAGUGACACCAUUGAGAAUGUCAAGGCCAAGAUCCAGGACAAAGAAGGCAUUCCCCCUGACCAGCAGAGGCUGAUCUUUGCUGGUAAGCAGCUGGAAGAUGGCCGCACCCUCUCUGACUACAACAUCCAGAAAGAAUCCACCCUCCAUCUUGUCCUGCGCCUGAGGGGAGGCAUGCAGAUCUUUGUCAAAACCCUCACUGGUAAGACCAUCACCCUGGAGGUUGAACCGAGUGACACCAUUGAGAAUGUCAAGGCCAAGAUCCAGGACAAAGAAGGCAUUCCCCCUGACCAGCAGAGGCUGAUUUUUGCUGGCAAGCAGCUGGAAGAUGGCCGCACCCUCUCUGACUAUAACAUCCAGAAAGAAUCCACCCUCCAUCUUGUCCUGCGUCUGAGGGGAGGAAUGCAGAUCUUCGUUAAAACCCUCACUGGUAAGACCAUCACCCUGGAGGUUGAACCGAGUGACACCAUUGAGAAUGUCAAGGCCAAGAUCCAGGACAAAGAAGGCAUUCCCCCUGACCAGCAGAGGCUGAUUUUUGCUGGCAAGCAGCUGGAAGAUGGCCGCACCCUCUCUGACUACAACAUCCAGAAGGAGUCCACCCUCCAUCUUGUCCUGCGUCUGCGAGGCGGGCAGUAAAUGAUUCCAUGUUUUGUGUUUCCUUUUUAUUUGCAUAAAGUUCAAACAUACUUUAAAUGACUGCUGUUACUUGAGCUAAUAAAACAUUCAGCAUCA